AAUCUCAUUCCUCCUUCACUCUGCACAAACGAUUUCCUACCUUACUUAUCACUCCUUCAAAUGUCUAUUGCCAUUACCAGCCCGUGUCAAAUUUUUCCCGCAAUUAUCAACGCAGAUGUCUACGAGAAGAAUCUAAAAGUGGAUGAUAAUGCCAUCAAUGUGUCGAAAUAUUCCGACAACUCUGUUUCACUUCCCACACUGUCGUACGAGGAUUUUCAUCAUUUCUCGGUAGUUCGACAUUGGAAUAUCUUGUUUCCUUAUCGACUCGCUACCGAAUGGAACUGGGAAAGUAGAAGGCUGAGGAAGAGAGAUGCGUUGGUGAUUCUGGAGCUUGUUGCAUUAUCGGAUGAAACAAAUAAACGAGGUUCUGUAUCACGAAUUAUGAAUACAGUACGCUCGAAAGUUCACUUGAUGUUCUCCAGCUCGACCGAGCUUCCGUCUUUCCAAGAAAUUGAAAAUUGGAAGAAGUCUCCGGGACUUUUAGCCGCCAGCAAGUAUGGCUGCGCACUGUUCAUCCAGUUUCUGAAGCAGCAGACUUCGGAAAAUGAAGUUGACUUCUGGUUGGAUUGUCAGAAAUUCAGAUCCUCAACUGCAAAGAUCAGUUGGAAAAAUAAAGAAGUGCACCGAAUUCUUGAUCAGUUUCUCAGCUCUUCAGCUCCAAGAAAGAUAGAUAUGGAGACGUCCAUCUUGGCCAGAUGUAUGGAGUACGUUGAACACAUUGAGGGAUGGAAAUAUACUUUUGAUGUCGCGCAAGCAUAUGUUGGAUUGAAGUUUCCAAAGGAGUCCCACAAAAAGUUCCUUGAAGACCCUUUGUACUUGGAUCUACUUGAACUGGUUAUUUCUGGACGGAGCUGCAACAAAGUCGGUCAUAAAAAAUCGUGUUAAGUUAUUACUAUUGGAAACUUUUAUUUGUUUUUUUGCAGUUUUCCACGCACCCAUUUCAAUUCAAAUGCUCUUGUCUUAUUUUCACCUUUCCAUUCAUUUGAAACUUUGAAGCAUUUUUUUAGAUUACUAACCGUAUUCAUGUUUUAGUGGUAUUAAAUAAACUGUACAGUAAACUGUUGCAGUGCAUUAUACAGAUUAGACAAAUCAAGACUUGUCAG